AUGGCAUCAGGCGGAGGUGCUGGUUUUAAAAAUACGGGUCAACCAGGCUCGGAUAGUAUUUUAGGCAAGACUAAUUUACGUGUACGGGAUCAAAUGUCGUAUUCAAAAGAAGAUCCAGAUUCACAGCAACAAUCUUUGAAAAUAGCCGUUGCAAGCAGAAAUGAAGGUGGGAUGUUGUUAGAUGGAAAUAAGAGUGACGCUGGCAAUAAUUAUGGCAAAGGCAGUGAUGAUAACGAUUAA